UCACAUCAGACGCUCCUCCUUUCCUUACUUUUAAUGUGGCUCUGCAUCAUUUGUGGAUUUACAUCACAGUAUCUGGGUUUUUAAAGCAGCAGCAUUCACUCAUUCAUGAAAUAUCCCUGAGGUGGUUGCAGUCCAAGCAAUGUCCCAGCCGACAGAAAAAAAUGCCAAAAGUCUUAGGAACAGGACCAAGGGGCAGAAUGACCCUACUGGUGACAGUCACAACAAGGACAAGACCAAAGACCAGCCCAAAGCCACCGUGCUUCAGCGAGAUAUUGGUCUUAUAAGUGGCAUCUGUUUGAUCGUGGGAACCAUGAUUGGAUCAGGCAUCUUCAUUUCUCCAAAGUCUGUUCUGUUGUACACUGGCGCAGUGGGACCCUGCCUCCUGGUCUGGGCUGCUUGUGGCGUCUUGUCCACAGUGGGAGCACUGUGCUACGCUGAACUGGGCACAAUGAUCACCAAAUCAGGCGGGGAGUACGCCUACCUAUCGGAGGCUUUCCACCCGGUCGUUGCCUACCUUUUCAGCUGGACCACCGUCAUAGUGCUGAAACCCUCCAGCUUUGCUAUCAUCACAAUGAGCCUGGCGGAAUACGCCUCUGUGCCUUUCUACUCUGGCUGCACACCACCUCUUGUUGUGACCAAAUGCCUGGCGGCUGCUGCAAUGUUGCUGAUUGUCACUUUCAACUGCCUGAGUGUCAGACUGGCGAGCUACGUCCAGAACUUCUUCACUGCGGCCAAACUUCUCAUCAUUGCUGUCAUUGUGGUAUCGGGCAUUGUCCUUUUGGCGCAAGGAAAUACAGACAAUUUGACCAAUGCCUUUGAUAGCCCAUCAUUGUCUUUCGGAUCUGUUGGACUUGCAUUUUACAACGGGCUUUGGGCCUAUGACGGAUGGAAUCAGCUAAAUUUUAUUACAGAGGAGCUGAAAAACCCAUCCAGAAAUUUGCCACUGGCCAUCAUCAUCGGGAUCCCUCUGGUUUCUGUGUGUUAUGUGAUGAUCAACUUGGCUUACUUCAGUGUUUUGACCCCCAAUGAACUGCUGGUUUCUCAAGCUGUUGCUGUGAGUUACGGCGACAAAGUCCUUUACCCUGUGGCUUGGAUUGUUCCUCUCUUUGUUGCGUUCUCAACAUUUGGUGCUGCUAAUGGCAGUUGCUUCACAGCUGGCAGACUGGCCUAUGUAGCUGGAAGACAAGGUCACACGGUGGAAAUCUUAUCUUAUAUUAGUCUGAAGCACUUCACUCCUGCCCCUGCUCUCAUUUUCAACACGAUGUUGGCUCUCAUCUACAUCAUCCCAGCAGACAUCAACACCCUCAUUAACUACUUCAGCUUUGCCCAGUGGGCCUUUUAUGGUCUGACCGCAUUAGCUCUCAUCGUCAUGCGUUUCACCAGGAAGGACCUCCAUCGACCGUUAAAGGUGCCAAUUAUUUUACCAAUCAUAAUGGUGGUGAUGUCUUGCUACCUCGUUGUGGCUCCAAUCAUCGAUAAGCCAGAGAUGGAAUAUCUCUACUGUGCGCUCUUCAUCCUCAGUGGACUCCUGCUUUACUAUCCAUUUGUCCACUUGAAAGUUAGAUGGGCAAACAAAAUCAUAGAGCCGAUCACUGUGCAUCUCCAGCUGCUGUUGCAGGUAAUUCCUCCUGAGUACGAUAAACUGGAAGAGACAUCUGAUGCAUCUUCUACUCAGCUUUAAAAGAUUUGUGGGCCAGCUUUGGAAACAGCGGGAUUAAAAUGCAAAGCUCUGAAAAUGUCAGAUCACUCCUGUUGAAAAGCUGCUUGAUUUACAAAAUGGAACAGGCUGGGUUCAUGAGUCUACGGGGAUAAAGUGGCAAUCCUUCUGCAUAUUCAGCUUCAGUUCAUGAAGAAUGUAUCUUCUGAAUACAAUGGAUACAAAGCCAAAUCGGGGACAUGCUUUCAUUUCAGGUUACACAAAGAUUUGCGACUAUAACAAGCACUUGAAUGGUGCAAUCAAAUUUUAUUUGUCCAAAGAUCACUUCAUCAAAAUCUCUUAAAUGGUUAACAUCUGCAUAUAUAAACAUGUGAGUGAAGGGACGUAGCAAACAUUGAUAGACAAAUUCACAAGCAAACCACAUAGCAGCUUAUAGAGACAACCUGUGACAGUGUUUCAUUAUUGUUGCUUCCCUCGUUAUUUUGUAUUAAAUCUCCAUUUGAGUUAU